AAACACCGCAUCUCCAUCUCGCCGCCCCACCUAGCCACCAUCUUCGCGAUACCACGAAUUGCAAAUCUACAGUUUCGAUAGCAGCGUGUAGCCACCCGCUACCGUUGCGCCAUAUAUCUAUAUCAAGAAUGAGAGCUGUUAUGCAACGCGUAAAGUCUGCGUCGGUCACCGUUGAUGGCGAACUGAUCUCUCAGAUUGGGAAGGGCUUACUGGUUCUGGCCGCAGUUGCAAAAGAUGAUACCAUGAAAGAUGUUGAAUCAAUGGCAGGCCAAAUAUUGAAGGCUAAGCUCUGGGACGACGAAACUAAGGAUCCCCCAGGAAAGUGGAAGAAAGGUGUCGCCGACAUUGGGGGAGAGGUUUUGUGCGUGUCUCAAUUCACUCUGCUCGCCUCAGUAAAGAAAAACAAACCCAGCUUCCAUAAGUCUGCAAGCGGAAAUCCAGCCAGGGAACUCUACCAAGCUUUCUUCAAGAAGGUACAAGAACUAUACGAGCCUUCUAAGGUUAAAGAUGGAGUGUUUGCCGCCAUGAUGGACGUGGCAUUGGUAAACGAUGGGCCGGUCACCAUCCAGAUUGACACAGAUCCACCUAAGAUGGAGGAUCCCACUUCCCUUGGCCCCGGAUUGGGAAGUCCUAGUGACGGCACUGCAUCUACCACGGUAGAUGUGAAUGAUCUAGUCAACAACAUGCAGAGGAUCACGAAAGAAUUCCAGAUACCCGUCGAGUUGCUAGAAUGAGACUAC